UAGUUUCAACUUACUGUGUUAUAUUUACUCUUCCAGCACAUUUUUAAAGUCACACUCGGAAGAACCAUGGUGUGUAUUCCCUGCAUCAUCAUUCCAAUUCUGCUGUGGGUCUAUAAAAGGUUCCUUGAGCCGUAUAUCUAUCCCUUCAUCUCUCCUUUCAUUAAACGCAUUUGGCCCAAGAAAGCAGUGCAGGAAACACCAAACCAAGACCAAAGGAACCGCUCUGAACAUGGGCCUGAUUUUCUUAAGCAGGAUUCCUCCAAGGAUCAGCCAGAACUUUAUAAAACCAAAAGCAAUGGCAUUGCAAAUGGAUUUUCUGGAUGUGGGCCCAAAGAAGACUCUGACAAAAAGAUAGAUUAGUUAUGUUUGUGCUGUGGGGUCAAGGCUGUUGUAAGAAACAAACUGACAAUGUUGUUCCCACUUGGAUAUUUUACUGAUUGUACAUUUAUCUGAAUGGAAAUUUAGAGUAUGUAUAGACACCCAUCCACUCACCCAGGGAGACUUGGAAUAAUUCUAGCUCUGUCACUGAAAAAAGUUUUAAUAUAUUGUCUUGCUGUGGUUCAAAUUCUGGGGGGCUGGAACCUUUUCCAGUGCGGCGCAACUGAAGAGUGUUAGCAAUUUUAGCGUCCAUAUUUUAUUAAAACUGUAAAUGUCAAGCUUGCUGCUUGUUUCAAAGACUUUCCUGAAACUCUGCAUCUGUGACUACUCAUAGGUUUGUCUUGUAAAAACUAAAGAUCUUACACACAGUAGCUAAAAAGAAAGCAGCUGUAAAUAUUGGAACACUAAUAGUAAAUACAUUGGUAGCUACUAAUUUGCUGUUUCUAAAUUUGCUUCUGCAGAGUUGCCCUAACCAAUUGUUUGCUGGUUCUUCACGGUGGUACAGAACAAACUUUUUAAAAGCAGUUAUUACACCUUGAGGAGGUAAUCCCAAUACAAUACAACAAAGGGAAAAUGUCCUUUUUGGAUGUUUUUGAGCUUCUAAAGGUGGGAAAAAUCUAAAGCCCAUAAACAGAUACAACUCUUUAUGUAAAUUCCUGUAUUUUGGUUGAUAAUGACCACCUGCCUAACAUUUAGAAUCACUCCCAAGUCUGCAAUAGCAAAUAAACCUUACCAUUUAUUGUUGUAUUACUUUCUCUGCAAUGUAGAAUUUCAGUUGGUGCAUUCUAAGAUCUGUGUGUGUUUUCCAUACAGUAACAGGAAAGUUGCAUCUCCUAUGUGAACUAAAGAUUACACCUAGAAUAUGCCCAAGAAUCCUUUUCAAUUUCAAGGCAUUUUUCUGGAGAAUGGGUAGGUGAUGUGGGACAGGUUUUCCGGGGAUAGAGAGUUUAUUAUUUACUUGAGAGAUCUGCUUUAGUGAAUAAGGAGACUGCCACCCUUUGCCUAGGAAAGAUGCAAAUUUAACUGAUUUAGAAUUUGAAUAAAGUGUGAAAGCAAUAUACGUA